AUGCUAAUAGAGGUAUGUAGAUGGUACUAUGGCCUCUUCUGCUGCACACUAAUUGCUGAUUUGUAUCGUACUGAGCAGUAGGUGCCUGGAUCACUAUCUACACUCCAGAGGCAGUAAAGUUUGAAUUGAAUUGAAUUUCUGAACACACUCCUUAUUUUCCAGGAGGUCCAGCGGAAUGGGAAGGCAGGUGUUCCUGCAGGGAGGUGGCCCAGCCUGCUGAAUCUGACCUGUCCACGCAGUAGCUGCAGUGGCAGUGAGGUCUCCUUAUCCAGUGCCUGUAGCGAGUACUCCAGUGGCUCACAUACUUGGGCAGAAGGACGCGGCUCCACCAAGCAGGUGAGUCACCCAGUCUGAACUUAAACUAAUUGCUGUUGCGUACAGUGAAGUAAACUUGUAAUAGGUUACUAUGCACGAAGGAUCCUCAACAUUCAUCAACAAAUUCCAAUGUCUUCAUUCUUUCUUGUUGUUGACGACUAAAUUGUCUUUCUCUUUUGUUACAGUCUGCAAUAAAUCGGGAGAAGAGGAUGAGUGCGACUUAUUGCUCUGUCUCAGCAGAGCAGCCGGACCUAAGCUGGAAAGAGGGACACAUUCUGAAGGGCCUGCGGAGGCUCCAAAUGCGCAGCCCAGCUCCCCAGGAGCCAUCUUCACUCGCCUCCACGUCACAUUUCAAGAACUGCAUGACCUCCAACGAGGGCAUAUACUCUCUAGGGGUCAAGUGUGGGCCCAUAGGGGUAGUGCCCACAUUGGCAAAGGGAAAGCCUUUCAAGCCAGGAGCAGGAGUCAGUACCUUAAUCUCUGACUCGGACGAUGCAGAUGAUGAAUCACCUCAAUCCCCAGUCAGGGAGUCCUGCGGCCAACCCAUCAAAGACACUCACCAUCUGGAAGGACAGCCUCCGUCUGAAUUGGGAAUGGCACAGGGGGAAAAGAGCUUUAUGGACUACAACUCCCAAGAGGAGCCUGUAAGACUCGUAAGGAGUCCCUGCAACUCCCUCUCACCUAUCAAAGACGUUUUCUUGCUCAAGGGUCCCACACUGAAGCCUGGACUUAGCCCAACGGCGACCCCUACCAUUGUGAGUGGACUUGAGAAUACAAACUGGAUAGAAAAAGACAAGCAGUCAGCCUUUACAAACUGGAAUGUUAUGGACAGUUGCAAUUUGAGGCCAGAGAGUGUUAAACAUCCACAAGACAAAGUUACAGACAAACAACUAGAGACAGGGGCUAAGGAAGUGAGCCUACCCAUUCAGCAUGCAGCAGCCAGAGCUUUGAGUUGGGUUAGUGAGGUCAGACAGCGCAGUGCUUCCAUGGAUACGAAGCAUUACAGAGAGCCGAAUAGCCAGGGUGAAGUUGAUACCAAGGACUACACCAUUUUGGAGUCCCGACAGAGGAAAGCAAAGCCUAAGGCCUGCAACUCAGCAAGGAAGGCCUUUUUCCUCCGAAGCAAGAGUGUGGAUGGAGGCCCAGACAAGGCCAAGCUGCACCAGCCUCUACACCUGAAGCUGAUAAAGGUCAAUCAAAGGUCAAAGAACCACUCAAACACUCCUGGGCCCAGUGGCCCUGGCACAAAUACUAACCUCAGCAAGGCACCUGGUCCAGCAAAGGCAUCAGUACAAAUGUCUGAGAAAGGUAAGAAUGCUACUGGUGCAAGAACUUCAGGGCCCCUUGAGAGUACAGUACAGGGUUCCCCCUCUUCUUCCCCUCAGAAACUGGUCAAGGUAUUUAAGCCACCUGGGCUGAAAGAUUACCCCAAGAGCCCAUCUAAAGUAUCCCAACCAGUCUCCAAACUCCCAUCAAGGAAUGACUGUGGGGCCAAAGCCCCCAACUCCAACAAUUCAGCCGGCUCGCCACUCAAACAGAGACAGCAAGACCAGCACUCCGAUCCCCCUCGCAAUGAUAUCAGGUCCCUUUCUCCUCCACCCCCACCAGGUCGGACCACCUCCCUACUGAAACGACCUGGUUAUGACUCGUUACCUCAGGCGCAUAAGUCUGUGGUUCAGCCCCAAACCUCUAGCACUGUGAAGGCAACCACUAGUAGCACCAAAUCUCAGUCUAGUCAUCAUAUAUCUAUUUUACAAAUGCAAGCUCAAGCCCCCAACAAAAUGCAAGACACUCGUCAUAUGGCUCCCAAAAUGGCCGCUGAGGUGAAGAAGUCACCGAAACGGGGCCCUACCAAAGUUUACCAUCCCUUACCAACUUCUACCCCUAUUCAAGAAUCUAAGGAAACAGCCUCUUCCCAAUCCUCAAUGAGCAGGACUGUGGCACAAGCCUCCCAUCAGGAAAAUAGUGUCCCCUUUGUGGUGCCAAACCAGGGCUGCUUACCUGUGUCCCAGCAAGGCAAUGGUGAGCCACAAAGUACAGAGCUCUUACCUCAGGCCUCAGCAUCUCUUCUCUGCCAUGGCAUAGUUAGUAACUCUCAAGAUUCUGUGACCAGGGUAGAGAAGUCAUCCAUUCUUGUUGGCUCCAAAACCUACGAGACAACUCCAAAGCCGGGCAACAACUCCACAGUUAACACUGCUACAAAGGGAGUGCAGACUUUUGACACCUUCAACCAGGACACCUACACACGUCCAAUGAUGCACUGUGUCAAUGCAGCUGUAGCAAAGGCCAAAGCUAGGAGAAAUCUCAAGACCCGCUGUAGUUCACUAGAGGAGCCCGCACUCCCACCUCCAGCAGCAGAGAAUGGUGUAACUUUGGACUGGGGAUUUGAUGAAGAGGGCUGGCUAUUCAAGCGCUCAGUCUCAGUUUCUACCCAGCGUCCUCUUCACCCGGUUAUGGGGAUGAACGGAGCAAAGGCUCGCAGUCAAAGCUUCGGAGCACGUUACAUGGACAGACCGAAUGUCAGCAGGUCAGAAAAAGUCCGUACUCACAUCAAAACUAAAUCAGGAAGCUCUUUGAACUCUCUUGGUGAUGUAUUUCGGGGUAGUAUGAGUUGCUCCAACAGCUACCAUUGUCCCAUGAACAGAUCCCACGUGAACAAUUUAAUGAUUGAGGAAGGCUUGCCACUACCUGCACAUCUGGGGGCUUCCAAGUGAUCGAUUUGGUCUCAAACACCAGAGAUUAAACUCAACAUCACAUCUCCAGACUGAGAAACAGCUCUCUAGCACCUUCUGUGAACCCAUCCAUGGGGAACCAGAGAGACAUUCCACCAUCGAGGAGAAGGUCAUGAUGGGAAUCGAGGAGAAUUUGCAGAAAUCUCAGGAGCAGGAGAAGACAACUGAAACUAAGCAGAAAUCAGUCUCAUCCCUGGCAAACUGGUUCGGAUUCCGCAAGAGCAAGCUCCCUGCUCCGAGUGGCAAAAAAGGAGAUACUCCAAAGGGAAAGGAAGAGAAGAAGGAGCCAAAGCUUGGAUCUCUCUUGGGUGGGAAGCAGGCAAAGUCUGACAAAAAGAAGGAGAGGAGGAAAAGUGAAGGUCAUCGAAUGGACAGGUAAGGCUUUUAUAUUGUUUAAGUUGGGUAGCUGAGAAGUCAUGUUGACUUGUUUUACUGCUGGGAAAAUAAUGUUUAUGAGAGACAUCAAGACAAAGUAACUUCUCAUUCAUUACAAAACAAUGCUUUGCUUUAUUGUAAUGCAUUGGAUAUAUUUACCACAAAGGCUGAAAUAUACUGUCACUUUUGAUAUUGGUAACCAGAGCUAAAGUAAUGAUUAAAAUCAAUGAAAUCCAACAUCAGUAUAUCUGCUUAAUCCCCCGAGAGUUGCACAACAACAAAAAUCCCCAUCAAAAUCAGUCAGUUUAAAUUAUAGAUAUCAGUGUUUUUGCAUUUGGAUGCGUCUCAAUCCACCGUUUUGCUCUACGGCACCCACUAGUGUCAGGAGACUCGUUUGAAGUCAGUACCGUCAAUGUGCCAGUUCUGUUUGGUAGCGUCCGAACCGUUUGAGCUACAAACUAAUGGGACUCCACUGUGGAAAGGGGACAUUCUCUCUGUUUUUCUCUACGACCCCCACAAGUGUCACGGGACUUGUCUGAAGGUGUAAAAAAAAAUAUAUAUAUAUAUAUAUAUAUAUAUAUAUAUAUAUUUAUACACCUUAUAUAUAUAUAUAUAUAUAUAUAUAUAUAUAUAUAUAUAUAUAUACAGUACCAGUCAAAAGUUUGGACACACCUACUCAUUCAAGGGUUUGUCUUUAUUUUUACUAUUUUUUACAUUGUAGAAUAAUAGUGAAGACAUCAAAACUAUGAAAGAACACACAUGGAAUCAUGUAGUAACCAAAAAAGUGUUAAUCAAAUCACUAUAUACUUUAUAUUUGAGAUUCUUCAAAUAGCCACCCUUUGCCUUGAUGACAGCUUUGCACACUCUCAGUGAAAAUAAAGUAGAACCCUUGAAUGAGUAGGUUUGUCCAAAAUGUUGACUGGUAUCUAUCUAUCUAUCUAUCUAUCUAUCUAUCUAUCUAUCUAUCUAUCUAUCUAUCUAUCUAUCUAUCUAUCUAUCUAUCUAUCUAUCUAUCUAUCUAUCUAUCUAUCUAUCUAUCUAUCUAUCUAUCUAUCUAUCUAUCUAUCUAUCUAUCUAUCUAUCUAUCUAUCUAUCUAUCUAUCUAUCUAUCUAUCUAUCUAUCUAUCUAUCUAUCUAUCUAUCUAUCUAUCUAUCUAUCUAUCUAUCUAUCUAUCUAUCUAUCUAUCUAUCUUUCCAGAGUUUUUUAUAUCUCCUAGAUUUAGGGCAGACACUUGUUUCAAAACUUAUUUCAUAUUAUUUAUUUUUUAGCCAUUUAUGAAUGUGUUUCUAUGUGUAAGGUUCUGUAUUUAUUUUCUUAGUAAACCUUGCGUUUUUGAACGUAGCCCUGUCUUUCAUUUUUGUUCAUUGAUUGCACCUGUGUUUGUUACUCACCUGGUAACAUUAUCUCCUUAUUUAGUUCAGUUCAUUCUGUUUGUGCCUUGUGAGGUAUUGUUCGUUUUGACUCUACUAAGCCUUUUCCUAGCUCGUUUGUGAGAACCAGUUAUAGCCUUCAGUCCUAGUUUUUGAUUCUCCUGCCUGUUUGCCUAUCUGUGUAUGACCAUUGCCUGCCUGUGACCACGAUUCCUGCCUUUUGCGAAGGCGAAAUAAACACCUGCCGCGCUCUGCACGUGAAUCUACACCUUUUUCUCCCUGAGUAUUCAGUACACUAUGGGCUUUAGUAUAAAAAUACCAAAAUAAUUGUUUUAUAUAUUUUUUUAUACCUAAAGGGGUCCUAAAAUGUCAAAUGAAAUAGCUAAAUGAUUCAUAGUAUGACCAUCUUAAAACAAUUCCAUAUGUCAUCAACUGAGUUCUCCAUUUUGAGUCAUACCUCAUGUACACUGAACUAUCACCACUUGACUGAACCAUCAAACAGAUCUCUUCAUAUCUUUCCAUGAGGUGAUUUACUGCCCCAGAUAGCCUUUUUUAUUAAGAGCUGUUAGAAACAUUUAUCACUCUUCUAAGUCCUGAGACCAUUUCAGACCCAUAGCACAGCGAGAACACAGUGAGAAUUCAAGAGGUAGGCAGUGGCUACACAGUAACACCCUGGGCAUGUUGAGUAAAUAUGAAACGUAGAUUAUAGUGGUCGAGUGAAAACCUGUUUUCUUUCAGCUCGGUGGGGAAAAGAGACUCCCAAGAUGCAUUGCUCCUCUGCCUCUCGAUGGCCUCCCAGGGAGCCCCAGUUAAUAGCAACAUGCAAAGACAAACUGACAUCUGUGGGGACACAAAGGUACAUUAAAUUAUUACCCGGCAUGAGGAGAAGGACUGUGUUGUCGGUUUAGGGUCAAUUUCAUGUAGAUUUUAGUCAAUGCAGGGAUUAAAUUGUAACUGGAACUACAAUUGAGAACUGCUCAAUUAAUGUUAUGGACAUUUUCCCAUACAAAUUCUAUGUCCAAUUACAUUCCUGAAUUGACUGGAAAAUUAAAUGACCAUAACUCUACGACGUGUCAAUUUCAUGUCUAAGGAUUCAGUUAUACAAUAUGCAUAAUGUCUCUGCAUGGCCAAUUAUAGAAAACUGUAUUUCUGUGUAUGACAAUUUGUGCCAACCACUUUGCAUGGACCGUCAGAUAAGUUAAUUAUAUUAACAUUUAACUGUGCUAGUUCAUUUCAACCUGUCAAUAGCCUAGAUCCUCUGAAAGACUUUCAAUCUCUUCCCUAACACUAGAAAACACCAUUUCUGAAAGGAAGUAUUUCUGUAUAAUACCACAAUCUGUACAGAAAGGAAGUGAAGCUAAAGAAAUACUGUAUUAUCAAAACUGACCUCGCAAGGUCCCAUCUAAUGGAAAAAUAGAAAUGUGAGAUGAAUUCAAGAAAAAAGGGGUGGGUGACCGAAAGAAAGGAACAUAUGAGAAGAAUAUAAAGGACCCAGGAAGAUAUGUGGCAGAUCAGAUGGAUAUGGAGUUAGGGUGAGAGAUUGAAAAACUACGAGACGGGAGAGGAGUUGGAGAGAGAGAGAGAAUUGUAACAAAGAUUUAUAAACAAAGAAACACCAAUGAAAUUUAGAUAACCGGAAUAAACCUUUAAUGUGUUUCAUAGAUUGUGUGGAUCACUCCAACACACACGCAUGCAACAUGCUCUCACACAUGCAUGCACACAAACAUGCACGAAAUACUGGACAUACUUAAUGGAGAUACUGAGGAAAUCUAUGGACUAUUUAGAUAUAGUAUCUACAAACAUUCACAGGCAGUCUUGAUAAUGGAGUGAUCAUUAGAAUGAACAUUGCUUAGAAGUAUUUUCAAUGACAGUCCAUCAUUGUCCUGAUGUGAUUCAGAUAAAUAUUGUUAGCCUGUUGCCCAAAUAGAUGAUCAGAUAAUCUAGACAGCUAAAAUGGCAAUUGAAUUAGAGUUUAUUAAAUUAGUUUUUCCCACCAAACUUAACGAAAAGUCAGACAACCGCUGUUCGAUUAGAUUACCAGGGGUGAAAAUAAGUCAACAAUGCCAAGUUGUCAACUGGCCAAAUGUCUGUCUUGCUGGUUCACAAACUUCUGUGAGAUUGUGCUUUACAAAGAACUGAAAACAUGUCUUAACAUAGAGGAUUGCAUGAAAGAGGACAUUUGAGUCAGUCAAUCAGCGACUAUGUCUGCGUUUGUAAGGAAUUUAUUCAUACCACUUUAUGAUCAUAGAUUCAAACCAUGAUGGUAGAUUGCAAACCACAAAUUAAAUAUAAAACAUGUAAUCACAAGUAUAGACAACUCAUCUAUUGCUUUACAAUUCACAGAGCCCAAUUUAGUCCCCUGUUCCAUACAGGUAUAAUUAUUCUCUCUUCUUGCUCCCACAAACAGACAAAAACACAGAGGAUGAACCUCAGGACUGAUAACGACAAUGGAGCUGCAUUAAAGAGCCCCAGUCAAGAACACGUGAUCGGUAAGGGAUUUAAGAAAACUAUUUGUAUUGAAUUUGAUAGAUGGGCCCUGUCGAGAAGCAACCCCUUGCUCCUACCCAUAGGAACAAUUUGUAAAAAUUGGCUAGGUGUUUCAUGGUCAUAGCUCUACCUUGCACCUAUCCAAUCCUAUUAGAUCUACAGAAGUGCACUCUUUCCAUCAGUCAAGGCCUAUUUUACCCUCUGUUUCUCAGCCAUCAAAUUACUCAAGCAUUGCUAAUACUGGCAGAUUUCCUUCCUAGCUCUUUUCAUUCAUGUUAGUUUAACCUGUGAACCAGUGUCAAAGAGAUGGAACCACAGUUGAAAGAGCAAGGUUCUGCGCAAACAGUGUUUUGACUGUACGUGACACCCCCUCACCCAGAGUUAGCGUUUUCCUUCUGUGCAUUUAACUUCACAGAGAAAUACUGAAGCACAGUUCUCUCUCUCUCUCUCUCUCUCUCUCUCUCUCUCUCUCUCUCUCUCUCUCUCUCUCUCUCUCUCUCUCUCUCUCUCUCUCUCUCUCUCAUUAAGGACGAUUUAGAUAGUAUCAAAGCCCCUGCAAAGCACGCUAAAAUGAAAUGUUUCAACUCUGCGCAAGUCUAAGAAGUAAUAUAAGUAUCCAAUUUAAAGGUAACCUCCGAGUGAGUGGAGGUCUAAAUGUCACUCAGUAUAUUUUAGCAAUUGUAUUUGUACCAUUUGAGGAGAAUGUGCUGAUGUGUUUUAAGAUAUUUGGAUUUUUGAAUUAAUUUACUUGUUAAAUAGGUCUGCCAAGACAUCUGUAAACUGCAUGUAACAGAUGCAUUUAGGCCUCAAUUAAUUAAUACACUCAAAAAGAUCUUUGGUCUAUACUGAAGUGAUUUUCUAACUUUUUAGGCUAAGAACCCCUACCCCUAUCAACCCAUACCAAAUCUUGAAACCAUAUGGUACUGUGUGCUUAAAGGCCAAAUGGAGCCAUUUUUGUAAAGCAACAUCAAAUAAUUCCUGGGUAACAAACCUAACUGUAUUAGCCUGCCAUUAAAAUGGGCAGAAAAAGCUUUUAAUAAGCAAAAAACUAUUUCUCAAGCAAUACUUUUGUUUGGACUGUCUGGGAGUGGUCUGAGGGGGGAAGGGGAAACUGGAAACUAGCUGUUAUUGGCAGAGAGGUUUGGAACUCUCUUUCUUAUUGGUCUUUUAACCAAUUUACCGCAUGGUGAUGUCACCUUGGAAAGCCGAAACUCCCACCCAUGCAAACUUGCUGAUUAGAAGGUCCUGUGUAGAUUGUAUUUUCAACCAGCAACUAUCAGGAAAGAACACUGAUCAAAUUUUUCCACACAUUUAAAGAGUUUGAACUCUGUUGCUGUGCAUUGAACUUCAAACAUUAUUUUGAAUGAUUGAAUAUGGAUGAACUGUAAACAUCCUGCCAUGUAUAAUACAUUGUUCCUUCUCAUUAAUAUUAACAACAGUUGGGGACUAUACAGUUGACCUUUUAUGAGUUUCAAUUUUCAGGUGUUAGCUUGUUAGUCAUCAUUCAGUCUUUUCAUUACUUCAGGCCAAUUGAAAGGAGAUCAAACAAGGACAUGAUCCUUAGCUAGUGCCAAAGGGCUUGUGGAGGGCAAUCAAUGGUCAACCUCUUUGAUGCUGCACAAAGGUGCUUGUUAAUUUUCGCCUUCAAGAACACAAAUCAAUAACGUCUGCCAUCUGUAUCGCGCUCUUACCUUUAUUAGUUACUCCUGUUUGUGUGACAGGUAAGUAAGAGCUGCUUUCAUCAUUGUCGUACAUUUUUUUUAGAGCUGUUUGUCACAAUUUGAAACUGACCACCUGAAUUGUUUAAGUUUAAUCAUCUUGAUGUAUGAAUAAAACACAUACUAAAUAAAGACACCCAAUUAUCAAAUAAGUUGUCAGUUAACAGCCCAACUGUUUUGAGUCAAGCUUUUCUCUGGAUCACUGAAGAGGAGCCAAUAUUUUCCGUUGAUAAAGAAGUCUACUGGGUAUUAUGUCAGAAAUCAUGUCAGCAUGACAAGGAGACAGGGACUUUGAUGGUUUGAAUUCAGGAUAUCUUGUUCUGAGUUGUGUUUGCCUGUGCUAGUUCACUGGAGGGAUAGUUGAAACUUUUCAGAAUAAAACAUCAGCGGCUUGAUCAGGUUUUCUGUUUCAUACAGCAGGAAUAAAACAAUAAUUUUUGUAUUUCUUUCCAAUUCUUUCAAGAAGUUCACAUAAGAUCUGAAAAUCUGUUGUUUUUUCAUUGUAUCAAAGCGAGAAGUAUGAGAAUGACAAAUAACAGCGUUGUGAUUACUGUACUUUAAAUAUUGUGUAGCCCAGCAUACUAUAUGAUGUGCACAGUUAAUUGUAUUACAAUUGAAAUAGAUACGGAUUCAAUACUGCUUGAACAGUAAUGCAUUAGAAAUAGGUUUGCCACCAACAAGUACAAUAUCAUACAUGCACCUCAUUUGACACUGCCACUAAAUCAAUGGUUAAAGUGCCUGAUUUUCCCUAAGCGUAUUCAACCCGACUCUUCAUUGGGUGAAGCCCAUUCUCUCUGGUGGCAACAAUGGCAUCAUGCGCUAAUUAGCGAGGAAUCAUAAGCCAGCGACACAGUUACAUGUAAUUGGAUUGUACUGAACUGCCAUCAAUUUGGCUCUUAGAGAGGACCUUUUUCGAGUGUCGUAGAAUGAAAUAACUAGACCAUCUGUUGCAUUAAUGCACUGAAAUUCCACAAGGCGGUGUCAGCAGCCAGUCACAGCUGGUUAAGACUCCCUCAUGCACAACAUAAUGUAGGUGAGGUAGGACAGGGGACAAGGAGACAGACAAUCAAAUCAGGCUGGAGAGAAAAAAAUUCAUGAAAUUGAGUGGAUAAUGUUGCGCUUUGAGAUUGCAGUUCAUGUUGUUGAGACAUAUUCCCAAUGUUAUUAUAAACGCAUUUGUUCAUAGAUUAUUAAACUAGUCAUGAGGUAGUUUAGAUUAUUCAUAGGGCAUAAAUCAUUGUUGCAGUAUUAUUGUAUCUCAUUUUUAUUUUUAAUGCACUACAGUAGGCAUAUGCUUGUCUUUUGUUGAUUCCUCUUCAACCAAUUAUAUAAAAAAGUGUAAUUCCGUUAUCUCUUUCCUUUGGUUUUGUGUAACUCCUGUCAUUGCCUGCAUCCCCAAGCCCCAUCAUGUGUUCUCCUUGUGCCUCAGACUCCGGCUGCAAGAUGCAAACGUUGGACAGCGGCAUUGGAACGUUCACCCUCCUCGAUUCCUCCUCCUUCUUCUCCUCCUUCCUCCACCUCCUUCCCAAGUCCCCAUCGGCCCGGGCUCACUCCCUCAGCUCUCCCAGUGUGCCUAGUUCCUCUAGUGAGGAGGUGUCGCCCUCCCCAUUACCAAGGUGGAGAGUGCCUGCCGGCUCGAAGGACCGUCUCUGCAGCCAACCAGGGCUUGUCAACUACCCGUUAUCUGACAUCACUGUGACCCUUGUCCAAUCAGUGCCUUAUCCCACUGUGGCCUUCCUUCAGCCCAUCCAAUCCCUGUCUGAGCCCCUUGUGACCUGUGCCAGU